GCCUCUUUGCAGAAGUUUAGGAGGGCGGGCUAGACAGCAACAAGCCACGUGGAUUCAACUUUGUAGAGACUAGACAGUGCAGUGCUAGUGAUUGUGUUACGGAGCUUGUAAGGAUCUGUAACUGACUGCAAGCCAAUAGACUAAGAGAAAACAGUGCAGGUGUCACAAAGUUUCAGCUGUAAUCUUUUUUUUCAUGAAGAGUCCUCAAGAUCAACAGCGGAGCCUAUAAAGCCAAGGCCUAUUAAAGGAGAGAAGUUUGGAUUUCUUUUUUCAAUAAAGCAAUCAAGCCUUUGCUUUUAAGCAGAAACAGAGACUGCAUCGUAACCGUAGAGACCACAUGAGCUGACAGGAUGACUUCAGACGUGUUUGGGGGUACCACUCAAAACCACAUUAUUUCGGGAUUGACCAAUGGACAUAGAUACACACACGAGAAAAAAUUACCGAAUUUCUCUGUGGAGGAGGUGGGAUUUUUUGAAGGGCCUGAAAAACUUUUGGAGGUGUGGUUUGACCUUUACCCUUUAGAGGAAGACGAAACGUCCUGUGCUGAAACUGCCCUCAAUAGUCACUGUGACUACGACAAAGGAUUGCGGAUUAUCCCAAGGAGUAACUGGGAAGUGCUACUGAAGCUUGUCAACUGUGAGAUUCUGAGCAGCUGUAGCAACGGGUACAUGGACGCCUACCUACUCAGUGAGAGCAGUCUGUUUGUAUCCAGCAACAGAUUCGUCCUUAAAACCUGCGGCAACACCACCCUCCUCUGUGCAGUGAAGCCGCUCUUUCAGCUGAUCUCAGCCGCGUUUCCUAACAACAAAGUCACGGCCUUCUUCUACUCUCACCGUAACUUCCAGAAACCACAGCUGCAGCCACACCCACACAGCAGCUUCGAGGACGAGGUUCGAUAUUUGGAUAGAAUCUUCAAAGACGGUGCUGCAUAUGCCCUGGGUAGGAUCAAUGGAGACGCCUGGUACUUGUACACUGUGUGUGUGCCUCAGCUGGUGGAGGGCAAUGACCAAACACUGGAGGGGACAAAACAUUCAUGGUUGAGCAAUAUUUUAUUUUCGUGGUUGCUGCUUGCACUGCAGGUAAAGAUCCUGAUGACAGACCUGGACCCUGACAUCAUGGCCCUCUACUCCUCGGUAGCCUACCCCUCCGGCAAGCUACUCAUGCGUGACACGGGUAUAGACCAGAUUGUCCCUGGAGCCAUCCUCGACUCCAAAAUAUUCGACCCAUGUGGCUUCUCAGCCAAUGCCAUCAUUAAGGGUGACGAAUAUUUCACGAUCCACGUGACCCCUCAGGUUGAAUGUUCUUGGGUGAGCUUCGAGACUAACCUUGUGUUGGAUUCCCACAUCCCUAUCAUAGCCAAAGUGCUGUCCAUCUUCAAGCCUGGCAGCUUCACCAUGUCUCUCUUUAUGAGCAAGAAUUCAAACGCUAACGAAUCACUUGUUGCCCUUGGAAAUGAGAAAAUCAGAGGCUACCGCUGCCGAGAUAAACAAUCUUGUAGCUUUAAUUCUUAUGACCUCACAUUUGGUCAUUUCACUCGGGCUAGCAAAGACAAUCCUUACUCUGUGUGUCGUUAAAUUGUGUAUUAUUUAUUUUUGUGUUCGAUUGUGUAUUACCUUAUGUGGAAAUAAUUAUAAUUAAUUAGUACCAAACAUGAUAAGUUUUUUUUUACUUUCAACUGUACUGUAUAUACUCAUGAACUGCAUGCAUA